AUGGAGACGGAGGGCAGCAGUAGCGAAGACAAUGGGCUGACCAAGACCAGGUCCAAUUUAAGCGAGGAGUCUCUCGGGAGCAGCUCGUCAUCGUCCGUACUAAACUCGUGGACCAUUUUGCCGGUGGUAAAGGAAAAGGAUGAUGGAGUGGAGAAGAUCGAGGAGUUGACGGAUUUAAGGCCGAACAGUCGAGCGGAUAAGCAGAAAAACGAGAGCAGAUGCAACAGGCCUGCGGCCGACGAUCCCCAGGCAGAUGAUAUUUCCGACGGUAUUUCGAUAAUCAGCGACUGCGAGAGCACCGAUCGAAUCUCACCCAAUCUCUUUCUGCGCGAACCCCUUCUCGGGGACUUGGGAUUCAGCGAUUUGCCAACAAGUCCUGUUGAACUGAUUGCACCUAUCAACACUGGCCAGCUUAAAGAGUAUCCAGAAAGGCAGCAGGAGCAGGAACAAGAAGAUCCUAAGACCAUAGUGCGCUCCAAGUUUGAACUACAACUGCCACCUCUGGUGCAGAACGGUCUAACCGCCUUCUUCUAUGUGGCUGCCACUUUGGCCAUUCUGGCCUUUCUUGGCAAACUCCGCAAUCCGGAAUGGCAGGUCCUCGGUGAGGAGAAACCACUGGUCGAACUGGAGCGCCGUGUGGGUGAGCUAGAACUACAAAACAAUCUACUUCGCGCCGAGAUCGACAUCAUGUCUAAGAAAAUUCAAUAUCUGGGAUCUGGUCAGGAUACAAUGCAACGACAGGGCGCAGGCCGCUCAAAGGGCAAGACCUUUAAGGCCUGGCCUGGCAAUGGUGAUUCGGUAAAACCUGUCGACAUCACCAAGGACGACUUGAAGCAGCCGUUCCAGUGUGCCGAUGGUCAGUUUGUUGAGAUCGCUGGCAUGUGCCUGGAGAACAAGCAGCACUUGGAUUCUCUAACAGAUGAGAUUGGGGAUGCCGUAAACGAUGUACUACAGCAGUCUGGAGCCUUUCACAAGUUUGAAAAGGUCACCGAGAAGCUGGGCACCUUUGCUGACGACGACAACGAAAACGUUAAUAAUGAUCCACAAACAGCAACUUCCCAUGGCCAGUCAUCAAAACUGGCGGAUGGUAUGAAAGAGCGUUAUAGGCCAAAGUACAAACAGGAGUAUUCCUCCAACGAGCGGAAGCAACGACGACCGGAUCAGGAUCAUAGUCGCCGUAGCCGAAAUGAUCACGAUCACUCCAAGGAGUACGGCAAAAAGAAAUACUACGAUCAAUCGUCCAACAGAGGACGCCACAAUAAAAAAUCCAACGAGAACUCCAAUGAAAACAGUAAAGAACGCGGCGAUCCCAAUGAUAGUGGCAGCGGUGAGUGGCACGAGCGGAUGAUGCAACAGCGAGAAAACGCUCGCCACAAGCAUGCCCAGAAACGCAACAAUAACAACUGGUAUAUCGAGCGGGGCGAUAGUCGUGAGAAAAUGCGUUCUGGAGAGACCAAACGCUGAACGGGUCUUUAUCCUCCAUAUAAUCUUCACAACAAGACGAUGACCUCUAUCUUUAUCCCAAAGAAAAGGAUAGAACUUUUGCCACAGAGGUCACAUAUAUAUAUAUUUUAAUCCCAAGAUAUACUUAAGGACAACGUGUGCUAGCAAAGCGCACACCGAAUUUGCGCUGGUUCCUAACUAUACAUGUGUGUUUACUAUAUAUUUCGACAAUGUUUCUACAGAGUGUUUAUUUAAGACAGUAAAAAGUAAAAUUCAGGAGUCAAGGGCUUUCAAACACACUGUAGAACCAGAGCUUAAAUACGCAUCGAUCGAUGCAUGUGCUUAAUAUUUAUUUAUUUUUAUCUACUAUUACCGAUUUUGGCUGCGUCAAAGCUAGCAUUAUCCUUGUAAUCCCGAUUUUGCAAUGUAUGUAUAUAUAUACAGUUUCAAUAGUCAGUGUUAAAACUAGUUUAUCGCAUUUUUAAUGGAAAUAUCGUACGCAUCGCUAACACUUAACUAAAGCGGGACAAUUAACAAUAAACUAAAUACUUAAAAUAUUUGCUAAAAUGGUUUAAGCAUUUAGAAAUUGUGAAAUGUUUGUACCACUUUGGUUAAUUGUAAACGAUAUCUUUGUAUAAUAUCGGUUCCUCCCACUUAAGGGUGUGAUUCUUCUACUAAGUUCCAGCUCAACCUAAGAGACAGACCGACCCAGGUGCUGAUUCACUUGGUAUAUAGGCCGUCAUUAAAGCAAACUCAAUUUCCUUUCCAACGAGUAUAUCAAUGAUCCCUUUGAAACAUUAGAUUUCGCUAAAAAAAUUAUGUAUUGAUAUAUACAUACAUAUAUAUUUGUGAUACCUAUACUAAUAUUUUUUUUUAGUCUAGAAAAAAUAAAUUAUUGUACCAUAUUAGGUAUUCCUGGAAAGCCAAUUCUAUAAAAACAAAACAAAAAUAAAAAAAAAAGAAAAUUUAAAGAACAGAAAACAAUAUUUUUGUAUGCAUGUUCGUUCAAAAUCUAAGCGUAUAUAUAUAAAUAAAUGUAUAAAUGUAUACCCAAAAUGUUUUGCGAUGAAAUAAAUAAAAUAUCCUUAAAUAAGAUUUAGUAUAUCAUUUGGUGAUCAAGAACUUUUGUUAAAUCCUUUCUUUUCAAAAUAAAUAAUAGAAAAAUA